AUUUUAAUUCACAAAGCUCUUCUGUUUCGGAGGCCAAAAAAAAAAACACCUCACUUGUGCAGCUCUUCAGUUCUGUGUCUUUCCCCCUCCGCUCACACCCAGCCAUGGCGGACUAUGAACGACCGCAGCAUCACCACAGCCACCACCAAGCGAUCCCUAAGGAAACCGCUCUUCAGGCGCUCAACACCAUAAUCCAGCUCCAUUUCGAGAAAACCCUGGAGAAGAAGCGGGCCAUAGACCUCCAGAAGAAGGAGCUGCACAAGCUCUUCCAGCUCUUCUUCGUCUUCCUUGCCCUGAUCUUCAUGGCGCAAGCCCAGUCCAGCCGCCUCCAGUGCCGCCACUGCUGGGUCCCCAUCACCCUCCUCUCCCUGGCACACCUCAUCUUCUACGUCUCGGUGGCCCAGACACUGCGGUGCAUCAACGGGUUCAAAUACCAGAGGAGGUGCCACAAGCUCACGCUUGGGCUGGCCACUGAGAAGCUAAGGGAGAUGAAGCUGAGGAUCAGCAAUGGCGAGUUCGUGGAUGGGUUUGGGGAGGAGGGUGAGUUCGAGAUUCAUUAUCAGGAACCCCCGGAAAGUUACUUUGCCAAGUUCAAGAGAAACUGGGCUCUGCAUUUUGGGUUCUUGAUCUUGAUCUAUGCUUUCAUGGUUUCUUCAUCUGUUGUGCUGCUGUGUUUCUAGAUUUUAGGUAAUUGGUAGGGGAAGUCACAUGGGUUGAAUUUUUUUUGUAGGAAUCAUGAUUUCUUGUUUGGGUUAAAUUACAUAUUGAAAUGGAAACGGAUUUUAGGUAGCGCUGUAAAUUAAGCUUGUGUAUUGAAGUUGGAAUCAAGUUGUGAGCUACUCAGCUCACUAACGGCCUUGAUGUUAUAUUCCUUGAUGUCUUUUUUUUGAACAAUGUUGUCAUGGGAGGGUUCGAACUCGCUCGAGGAUGGAAGGGAUGCACCUCAAGGUGUGAUCGGAGGCGACUCGGUCCGAAUGACCAGGGGCCCAAGUACAGCAACCUUCUCAACUCUCAAGAGUCAAGACCUGAGUUUGAAACUGAGACAGCUUCGUUUGAAGUGUGGGAUAGCAUGGGCAUGAGUGCAAGACUUGUCUCAUUGGUUAACGGCUUUCUCAGCUCAUCCUCAUCAUUACUUCUAUUGAAUUUCUCUCUUCUUCACCAAGAUCAAUGGUGCAUCCGUUUCCUCGAACCUGUUUCGGGUGGUUGCAUCACAUGGGAGUGUUCAAAACUAAUUUAUUUUACUUUUUAUCUCUAAUAAAAUUAAUGCCAGCUA